AUGUCGUUAGAACUCAGCCACAUUGAAGAAGACCAGUUAGAAAAAAAUGAAUCCUUUGUCGAUGAUGAUGAAAAUAAAAUUAAUCGUUUACUGAUUCGAAAAUUAGAUUUGAUUUUGCUACCUUUGCUAAGCCUUAUCUAUUUAUUAUCAUACCUUGAUCGAUCAAAUAUAGCCAAUGCAAAAUUAGGUGGUUUGCAAGAAGAUAUCCAUUUAACAAGUAUACAAUAUCAAUGGAGUUUGUCGAUAUUCUUUUUUGGUUAUGUAAUCUUUGAACUACCAUCGAAUUUAGUCCUUCGUCGAUGGCGUGCAUCAAGAUGGAUUGCAAUGAUCAUGUUUGUUUGGGGUAUUAUUGCUGUUUGUAUGGCAGCUGUUAAAAGUUUUGCGGGACUACUUAUAUGUCGAUUCUUGCUUGGUGCAUUCGAAGCUGGACUAUUCCCGGGAGUUAUUUAUUAUAUGUCAUUAUGGUACAAACGAAAGGAACAAGCUGUUCGAUUAGGAUUUUUUUGGUCAUUUAGUUCAUUGGCCGGUGCAUUUGGUGGUCUCAUAGCGUUUGGUAUCGCACAAAUAAAAGGACCCUUAGCUGAAUGGCAAAUGAUUUUUAUUAUCGAAGGAACACCAACAAUUUUACUUGCUAUUUUUUGUUGGUUGUUUUUACCAGAUUCACCUGAACGUUGUCAUUUUCUAGAUGAAAAGCAACGGUCUUACGAGAUAAAACGUUUAGCACAAGAUGCUGGAGCAGCGAAUGAUCAUUCAUUUACUUGGGCACAAGUUCGUUCCGUGUUUAAAGAUUGGAAAACGUAUGCCUAUAUGCUCAUUUAUAUAACUGGAACAAUAGCAUUGCAAGGUGUCACAUUAUUUUUGCCUACAAUUAUUGCUGGCAUGGGACAAUGGAACACUGUUAAAACACAAUUAAUGACGGUGCCACCAUAUGCUGUUGCUUUCGUCACUACUAUUCUCUUAUCAUUCAGCUCUGAUCAAAUGAGUGCAAAAAGAUUUGAAAUAAUUUUAUUACUGUCAAAUGGUGAAGAAUUUCAUGCUUUAAAAAAGCGUUUAUUUGAAAGAAAUUUAUUUCAAUUGCUAGUGGCUUUAAUACAUAAACUUCGAAGUCCACCGAAAUUUCUAGCACUAAAAAAAGGUUUUGACUAUUCCAGUAUAAAAUCCAAAGUUCAAAUAAUUAGUUUAUAG